AUGGCCAAACAAUUAUCUAUUAUCACUCCUACUACUGUUCCAAUUACUACUACCACCAUUUCUACCAUUACAACAAUCGUUAAUCAAUCAAAAUAUCCAUUUGCUGAAUCUGAAUUACGAUUAAAUCCUAAAAAGUCAAGAAGCAUUAAUACUAUUAAUAAUAGUGAUUUAUAUUAUCGUGAUGAUAACAAUAAUCACAACAAUAAUACCAAUGAUUUACGUUAUAAUUCAACUUGUUAUCCCAAUGAUUAUGAAAAUUUACCGGUGAAAAAGUAUUUUUCUGUCGAUCAUUUCAAUCGAUUGCUUUUUGAAACAUCUCAACGACGCAUUAUAGCAAAAUGUCGCAAUCAUGGGAAGCAAAAUUUGUUGAAUCAAUCAUUCAAAUAUCGUAAGCUUAUUUCAACGACACAACCAAUUUCAUCCCAGAAAAGUUUUUCAUUUGAUUUGCUAGCUGAAAAUUUGAAUAAAUUGGAAACAAAUCAUAAUUGGAAUUCGAUUUCAAAGCAGAGGAAUGAUUCAUAUUGUCCCACGUCACAUCAUCUGGCUACAAUGAAUAAUCCAUGCACUUGUUUUAACAGCUUCGGUGAUGAUAAUAAUAGUGACAGUGGUAGCGAUGGUGAUAAUGAUAAUGUUGAUCAUGAGAAUGAUGAUAAUGAUGAGGUGAAGGAAGCGAAAGAUGAGAAAGAUGAUUCGAUUUUAUCAGUGAAUCAACGUUUUAUGAUGUCAUGGCACAAUAAAAAUCAAAAUUGGAUUAAUGAUGGUGUUGACAAUGAUAAUAAUGAUAAUUAUCAAUGGAUCAAUUCUCAUUACGAAGAGUUACGAAUUGAUCGAGCAAAAUUUAUGGCAUGUGCAGCGGAAAAACUUCUAACAGCAGACCGAAAUAUGAAGGAAGCACAACGUUUCAAUAUUUCACAUCCAAGAAUGCGACGAACGCGCAGUUUAUUUAAUCUAUUUUUUCCACGUAAAUUGUUAUCAAUGGAAAUUAGCAAUCCGGUAUUGAUCAGUAGUACGAAAUCGACAGAUUACUUACGAUGUUUGCCGGAAGUGCAAAUAGUUCAUAAUGACUUGAAGAAUGAUAUUUUAAAACAUUCUGGACCAUAUCCACAAAUUGUCUUACCUGCUGAUGGUGGUUAUUGGUUGGAUGGUGUAAGUAACUGUACAAUUAAUAUCGAUGAUGAAGUUGUUGGAUGUUGUCCGGCUACCAGUAGUUGCGCUCGAUCAAAAUUAGAAACUGAUGACACAUCACAUUGCUAUAGGCGACAUUUUGUCGGAAGGGAGCAUCAUGAUUUUUAUGCAAUUGACAGUAAGCUAGGACCAUUGGUGUUAUCGGCACGAACGGAACUAAUCUCCUCGCAGGAACAUUUUAGGAUUAUAUUACGGACCGGACAUGGAACUGUACAUGAAAUUGUCCCUGCUUCCGCUCUAGCAGAUCGACCAACUGCCAGUCGAAUGGCACGAUUAUUGUGUGAUGAAGUAACAACAGAUCGAUUUAGUCCGGUAGCUUUCCCGGGUGGUACCGAAAUGAUAUUAAAAUAUGACGAACAUGUUCUAACGAACAAUUAUAAAUUUGGAGUUAUCUAUCAACGAUUCGGGCAGACUACCGAAGAAGAGCUGUUCGGAAAUGCCACUUUUUCAAAUGCUUUUGAUGAAUUUUUAAAUAUUAUUGGUGAACGAAUCGAACUUAGGGAUUUUAAGGUUAAUAAUUUCAUACAUGAAUAUAAUAAUAUUGCAUGUUAUACGAAUGAUUAUCGCAGUGAUUACUUUUAA